AUAUAAAACUGCCUAUCUGUUAAAACUUAAUAUGUAUAAUGAUUGUGAUUAGAGCACGUGGUGUGUUAGUAUCACUAUGAUCAGGUCACUGCGACCCAGAGCAGAUCUUCUACAGAACCAGAAGGUGCCUCAUAAAACCAGCAACACACUUUAGAUCUUUCAACACUGCUGAGAGGAUUCAACACUUUAAUCAACACCAUGGAGCGAACAGUUAGGUCGUGGUUAGCGUUCGCUCUGCUGAUAGCAAUGCCCCUCAGUUCUGUCUGCCUGGAUAAACUUAACAUGUGUAUGACCGCCAAACACCAGAAGACAGAGCCGGGUCCAGAGGGAGAACUUUAUAAGCAGUGUUCACCGUGGCAUGAGAAUGCAUGUUGUACUGCUAACACUUCAGCUGAAGCUCAUGAGGAUAACUCCUACCUCUACAACUUUAACUGGAACCACUGCGGCACCAUGAGCGACAAGUGUAAAAGCCAUUUUAUUCAGGAUACCUGUUUCUAUGAAUGUUCUCCUCACCUGGGACCUUGGAUACAACAGGCUGAUAGUUCCUGGAGGAAGGAGCGUAUUGUUGAUGUUCCUCUGUGUUUGGAGGACUGUGAGAGUUGGUAUAACGACUGUAAGGACGACGUCACAUGUAAAGAAAACUGGCACAAGGGCUGGGACUGGAGCUCAGGGACUAAUCGGUGUCCUAAGGACGCUCAGUGCCACAAAUGGACCGACAUUUUCCCCACAGCUCAGAGCAUGUGUGAGAAAAUCUGGAGCAACUCGUACAAGUACACCACCUACACCAAAAACAGCGACCGAUGCAUGCAGAUGUGGUUCACAGGGCCGAACCCCAACCGAAAAGUCGCAGAGUUCUACCUGAACCACGGCACUCAGACUGUCACAGCUACGACAAUCAGCAUCGUGCUUUCGCUCACUCUGCUUCUGUUCCUGCACUGGAGCUAAAAUAAAAACCAAAACAAAACA